AUGUCAGGUGAAGAUAAAGAUAAACAAGAUUUAAUUUUAGCUUAUAUUAAAGAUUAUGUUUCAAGAAAGGAGUCAUUAAAAAGUGUUGCUAAAGCUUUAGAUAAAGUUACCAAAGGUAAAAAAUUCCCAGUCCUUACUGAUAAAUUGGAGAACAAAAUUCAAAUUGAAACCAAAGUGAAAGAAGAAGAUUCAUCGUCAUCAAGUGAUUCAGAUAGUGAAAGUUCAUCUUCAUCCUUCUCAUCAGACAGUGAUAGCUCAUCUUCGUCGUCGUCAUCAGAUAGUGAAAGUUCAUCAGAUAGCGAAAGUUCAUCCAGCGACUCAGAUAGCUCAUCUAUCGACUCAGAAAGCUCAUCCAGUGAGUCAGAAAACGAUAGUGAUAGUGAUAGUGAUAGUGAUAAUGAAGUUGAAAAAGAAACAGAAGCUAAAAGUGAAGAAAAAGUCAAAAAUAAAAAUGAGAACGAUGAUCAGGAAAUAAAAGAUUCAAGCUCAUCAUCAGAUAGUGAUAGUUCAUCAUCAGAAAGUGAUAUUUCAUCAUCAGAUAGUGACAGCUCAUCCUCAGAUAGUGAUACUUCAACAUCAUCAUCAUCUGAAAGCGAAAGUUCAAGUGAAUCAGACAGUUCCUCAUCAGAAGGUGACAGUGAUAGUGACAGUGAUAGUGACAGCGAUGAGAACGACGAAAAAGAAAAAGUCACCGCAAAAGAUUCAAGUUCAAGUGAUUCUGAACCAGAAGAAUCUAAAUCUAAAAAGAGAAUACAAAAUGAUUUCGAUGAAAAAUUAGAUAUUAAAAAAGCAAAAGUAAAUGAUAACAGUGAUAGUUCAUCAACUACCGCUUCAAUUGAUUCAAAUGGCAAAAUUGCAGCUACUCCAGAACCAGAAUUAAAACCAGGUCAAAGAAAACAUUUUUCAAGAAUUGAUAAAUCAAAAAUUUCAUUUGAAGAUAGAACUUUACAAGAUAACACGUAUAAAGGAGCAGCAGGUACAUGGGGAGAAAAAGCUAGUGAAAAGUUAUUACAAGUCAGAGGUAAAGAUUUUACUAAAAAUAAGAAUAAGAUGAAAAGAGGUAGUUAUAAAGGUGGUUCAAUUACUUUAGCUUCUGGAUCAUACAAAUUUAUCGAUUAA